GGAGGUGGUGACAGCUGGUCUGGGUGGCUUCCGGACUGACGCAGGCUCCAGGUGACACUCAGCUGGCGUGUCCCCGCCGUCCCCUCCAGGCUUCCGUGUGGGCCUGGGCAGCACGAUGCCCUCCAGCCCCACGGUGGAGAAGCAGGCGCCCGCAGAGGCCGGGCCGGACCUCGAGCUCCAGUCGUGGCGGUGCCUGGUGUUCUACCUCUGCUUCUACGGCUUCAUGGCGCAGAUGCGGCCCGGGGAGAGCUUCAUCACCCCCUACCUGCUGGGGCCCAGCAAGAACUUCACACAGGAGCAGGUCACCAACGAGAUCAUGCCGGUGCUGUCCUACUCGUACAUGCUGGUGCUGGUGCCCGUCUUCCUGCUCACCGACUAUCUGCGCUACAAGCCGGUGCUGCUGCUGCAGGGCCUGAGCUUCGUGUGCGUGUGGCUGCUGCUGCUGCAGGGCCGCUCGGUGCUGCACAUGCAGCUCAUGGAGCUCUUCUACAGCGUCACCAUGGCCGCGCGCAUCGCCUACUCCUCCUACAUCUUCUCCCUCGUGCGCCCCGCGCGCUACCAGCGCAUGGCCGGCUACUCGCGCGCCGCGGUGCUGCUGGGCGUGUUCACCAGCUCGGUGCUGGGCCAGCUGCUGGUCACCGCGGGCGGCGUGUCCUUCACCACGCUCAACUACGUGUCCCUGGGCUUCCUCAUCUUCAGCCUGCUGCUCGCGCUCUUCCUGAAGCGCCCCAAGCGGAGCCUCUUCUUCAACCGCGGUGCGCCCCUGCGCGGGGCCUCGCCCUCGGAGCUGGGCCCCAUGCGCCCCGGCCCGGCGCCGCGCGGGAAGCUGCGGGCCGCCUGCAGGGACUUUGUCCUGGUGCGCAUGCUGCGGGAGCUGGGGGCCAGCCUGCGCCUGCCGCAGCUGCGCGUCUGGUCGCUCUGGUGGGUCUUCAACUCGGCCGGCUACUACCUGGUCUCUGAUCCUGGUCUGCAUCUCCCGUUCAGUUUUCAGAUCGCGUCCUCCCUGUCUAAAGAGCUCUGCGCCCUGGUCUUCGGAGUCAACACGUUCUUCGCCACCAUUCUCAAAACCGUCAUCACGCUCAUCGUCUCAGACAAGCGGGGCCUGGGCCUCGUGGUCCACUCGCAGUUCCAGGUCUACUUCAUGUACUUCCUGGUCCUCUCCGUGCUCUACCUCCUGGGGGCCGUGCUCGAUGGCCUGCGGCACUUCCGGCAGCGUCACCAGCCGCUGCCCCUGGCCCAGGAGCUGAGGAGCCCCCUGGAGGAGAAGGCCGAGCAGGGGCUCAGCCUGCAGGACGGGGGCCUCCGCGGCCCGCAGCCCUCUGCCCCGCCACCGCACCCGCCACCGCACCCACCACCGCACCCGGACGACAGCGCCUGGGCCUCUGGGCCGGCCUCUCAGGAGCAGAGCCAGCCUGCCCCAGCCCAGCCCACUCUCCUGCCCCAGCCCAGUGGGCGGCUGGGCUCCUGACGCCAGAGGGAGCCUUCCUGUCCGCACUCCUGCCCGGACCAAGCCUGGGGCCCUGAGCUCGCACGCGUGGUUCUCAGCAUGGACCAGUGACUCUGGGGCCCCUGGUGCCUUUGCUUGUGACCCUCCAUGUGUCCCCGACCAAUGCCCCGCGGGCUGCCUGCCUUAGUGAGGGUCCUUGGCCUCAGCUUGCCCCGCUGGUGGCCCCCUGAGAACCCCCUCCCCAGCCCUGCCGCACACCCUGGCAUCGGUGCCUGUUGGGGACACUCAGAGCAGCUGCCUGGCUGUGCCGCCCCUGCUGGGCCCAGUGGGCUCCGGCUGCUGCGCUGGCCUGGAAGAGGCUGGCUGGGUCCUGGUGUCCACCACGCCCUCAUCCCCUGGGGAGGCACGAGGCAAGUCCCGUGUGUCCCUGGGACUGGUAAGGUGGCCUAGAUGUCAGCCAAGGGGACACCAACCCCACAGAACGCCCCGGACCCUUCAGGGCAGGGCUGGGAGCCUGGGUUCCCCCAGCUGUAGCUAAAUUGGGACAUUUCCAGUUCUAGGUGCUGCGGUGUCGAAUGAGGUUCUGAUCUUUUUUUUUUUUUUUUUUUUUAACAUAAAAUGAGGAACUGUAUUCAGCUUCUCUGCUUCUGCGGGAGAAGCUGUUCUCAGGUUGCAGGCAGACACGUCCCCGUCAUGGCCCUGGUCCUUGGAGCCAGUUCCUCCUCCCGCCUGUGGCUUCAGCCCAGGGCCCUCCGUGCUGACAUGGGUCAACUCUGACCUGCGUGUCCUCGGAGAGCUGGUCACGCUCACGCUG